AAGAAGAUAAUAAUAAAAUUAUCAAAUAUUUAGUACAAAAAACCAGAAGAGCAUCUAAGCAUACAUCUUCUUUAUCUGGCUUGCAUUGAUACAGACAAACCCCAAAUUCCAAUUCCAAUUUUCUCAGCAAAGCCAAAAACUUUCUCAAGAAACCAAAAGGGUGUGAGCAAGGCAAAAGGCAAGUCAUCACUCAGCACCAUGGAUAGGCUGGUGAAACCAGACCUUAAAGAAAUAAACUUGGCAUUCAAAAAAGGCCAAAAAUGCACCACCACGUUUCGUUUAACCAACCUCAUGCACGCCAUGGCUGUGGCAGUUUCUCUAACCACUACAAGGCCAUCUGUAUACUCUUUCAACCAAGCUUUCUCUGUAAUCCCACCACUCUCUUCCUUAACAUACACCCUCCUUAUCUCUCAGCCCUCUGAUAAACCUCCUCUCUCUUCUCCUCCUGAUAUUAUCACCGUCCGAUCCUCCAUGCUCCCCAUUGGAAAAGCUCACCAGGAUUAUCUCCGCCGCUUGUUUUCUAAGCCUGGACCCCAUGUUUUCAGGGAUGCCACCAUACCCAUCAACCUUGUGGGUCACCAAGUUGUUGUCUUUCUCAUUUCCCACCAUACCCAGAUCCCAGAAAUUGAAUUCUUUUUGAAGAAAGGGAUUUCUGGUUGUACUAGGACUCAGCUCACUUCAUUGCUGAAACCUGCUAUAUUGUAUAGUAAUGCUAAUUUUGUUACUGAAAUACUUGAUGCUGGUGCUGAUGUGAAUUGUAAAAAUUCAGAUAAAAGGUCAAUGAUUACAUUGGCUAUUCGUGCCGGUGAUCUUGGUAUCUUGAAGGUUUUGAUAGCUGCUGGUUGUAAAAUUGAUAAUUCGGUUGACAGGAUCUUGCACGAGGCGGCAGCUGUGGAUAGAGUGGAUUUGAUGGAGUUUUGGCGUAAAAGGUUUGGAGAUAUUGAUGUGAACUCGGUUGAUUUGGAUGGCCGGACACCAAUUCAUGUCGCAGCAGUUAGGGGGUUUGUUGAGGUGAUAAGGUUUUGUGUAUCAGUUGGUGGGAAAGUUGAUGUUUUGGAUUGUAAUGGGUGGAGUCCUCUGCAUUAUGCAGCUGCAGAAGGGCAUUUGCAGGUUGUGAAGUACUUGUUAGAAUGUUCCAAUGUGAAGUAUGUGUUGAAUAAUGAAGGGAAGACUGCUUUUGCACUUGCUGUUGAUAAUGGGCAUUUACAUUUGCUGGAUUUGUUGCAUUUAGGGAAUGUGUUGCAUAGGGCAGCAAGGGUGGAUGAUAUUCAUGGAAUGAAGACUUGCCUUGCAGAAGGGGCUAACGUGAAUGGGAGAGAUCAGAAUGGAUGGACACCUUUGCAUAGGGCUGCAUUCAAGGGGAGGGUUGAGAGUGUGAAGUUGUUGCUUAAUAAUGGUGCACAAGUUGAUGUUGUUGAUGAUGCUGGAUACACGCCACUGCAUUGCGCGGUUGAGAUGGGGCAUGUGCAGGUUGCAUUGGCGUUGAUUGCUCAUGGAGCUAAAGCAAAUGUCAAGAGUCUCAAAGGUGUAGUUCCUUUAAAUUUUGGUCGUUUCAAGAAUCAUCCUUCUGUUGAUCAUCCUGUGUCAUGAGAAAGAAAGAGCUUUGAAUGGAGAACGGGAUUAUCUGUUUUGUUGAACUUUGUUAAUGUAUUCUGCAAUUUAUAUAUAAUCUUGUGAUUUCUGUCUGAUAUGGAUUGUAAGGAAUCAAUGGUUGGAGAGAAAGAGAACGGACUGUGUUCCACUUCCAAUCAAGGUGUACAUCUGUUUCAGAAAGGGAUCAUAUGGCCCUUGAACCUUCAAUUUGGUUUAAUGAAGAUUUAAGUUCCCCAUUCCUAUGUAA